AAGCCAGGCGCCUGCCUAGUCUGCUGGUUAUCAGACUUUGUCCUUUCGCAAUUGCUUAUUGCAACGUCUGAAUCACCUCCCUUCAUUCUUUCCCCAUCUCUCUUCCUCUUCCUCCCUUCCUCUCGCGCACACACACUCUCAUACCACAGCCCUUACCAGUACUGCGUCCUUGAGUCUCAAAAUGACUUCUUCUACGGGUCCAGAACUUGUCUUUGCAUUCGCAUACAUCAUUGUGGGCUCGAUAUUGGCUACAUGCCUCCUCACAGUACUCAAGUUCGAUAUUGGCCACACCGUGACCUCGAAGACCGGUGCCUAUCUUACAUCUGCGCUCAACUCAGCCUGUGAGACCUGUCUUCGUCUCUUUUCUGUCGCCGACCCACACUCUGCUCCCAAGGGUGAAUCAUCCUCCCUUUCUCGCGGUUAUCUACAAGACCUUCCCCACCGAUCUGGAGCACGACCAACAGUCCGAGGCUGCCUUAACCCACGGCAGACCGAUCAACUUCCUACCUUUGACAAGGAUAUCAAUGGACGACUCAGACAGCUCCUCACCGACACUAGUGCGAAGUAUCCAGAGUCCAUCUAUCUUGGACGAUCGACCUUCGAGGGCGGCAAUGCCACUCUCUUCGCCCGCCAUCGAGUCUUUGACCAAACGAAGUAUCACGGCGAGAUUGUCGGUAUGCAUGUCGACUCCGGUUCUAUGACCGUUACCAUCCACCCAGAUGAUGUCCGGGCUGUUAUUGAGAAUGGAUGGGGCCAGAGACACCCAUUGUCAAGUCGUAGUGCGACCUGGCUUCGCUACUCUACUACUUCUGCACAUCACACCCCAAAAGCUGGUACCCAAGUCAUUCUCUAUGCACCCAGAAACCAGGAGGAGUUGAACCUCAUUGAGCAGGUCAUAAAUGCUGCAGUGUGGUGGGUUGGCGGCAUCGACUCGUCUCUACGAAAGGAGAGUUUCUGUUGAGUGGCAUCACAGACUAGCAACCCAACUUAUUCUUUACGAUGCAUAUCUGCUUUUACACCGCUUCGCCUACUAUGGAAACCCCCCUUAGGGGUGUGUAGGAUAUCGAGUCAUCGCACACGACAUGGAUAAGGUGGCCUCGGUACUGUACCAUACCAGGUAAUAGAGCUAGAACUUCCCGGCUAUGAUGGCUCCAUUACAGGCAGUAUAUCUUCUUCUUCUGAAGAUAGGUCGCUAGUCAAUUCACAAUGGACGACGCAGCUCGGAGGUCAAACAAGACCACAAACAGACAGAAGUACAUAGAUUGUCAAUGAGUUUAGUUUCAUUUCAAA